CUCGCAUUGAAGACAGAGCUAUCAAAAUCUGUUUCCAUACUUGACAACAUAGGAGUACUUUCGAUCGAUGCUUCGUCGUCCCAAUAACAGUCCGAAGAGUUCCUAAGAGCGUCUCCAACUUACUGCAUCGAUUCCGUCGUUUCAGCAGCCUAUUCACCGCAUUCAGCUCAUGAGCCGGAUCCUUUGCACUCGAAUCACCAGAACAACACCCAUCUCGAAAUCUGUCACAGCAGUUCAAUCCAGGAAGAUGUCAUUCAAGGUCACAAAAACACUUACGUCAAACGACGGCACAAACGAAAAGGUUGCGUACGGUCCAUCAGUCUGGUACACCGACAAGCAUCUCUUUACCUACGGACACGAACUUCAACUACCAGAAGCUCGCCUCCAGAACUGGUAUCCAUCAUCUUUCACAGAUCCCAAGGACACAAACACUCGCUUUCAGACCAUGGAGCAUUACAUAAUGUGGCGCAAAGCCAUCUGCUUCGACGACCAGGAAACAGCCAAAAAGAUACUCGUGGCAUCCACGCCCAGCGAAGCCCAGAAACUUGGCCGUCAGGUCAAGAACUUUGAUGGGAAAAAGUGGCGUGGAACCGUACCUGAGGUGGCAGAGACCGGAAACUGGUUGAAGUUCUCCCAAGUCGCUGAAUGUCGAGAAGCCCUGUUGGCAACUGGAGACAGAAUAUUGGCAGAGUCCAAUCCUGCGGAUCGGAACUGGGGUAUUGGAUUCCGGGGAGAUGAGGCUGCGGGCAAAGAGAACGAAUGGGGCACCAAUUUGCUCGGUAAUGCGCAGAUGAAAGUCAGAGACAGACUGAGGAAAGAAUAGAAUGUUUAGUUAGAGGUUGCCAUACGGAAACAGGAGCCACAACCACUCGAAGACUCAUCCGUAGACAUCGUUAUUCUCAGUAGAUUGUAAAUGGAUCAAUGAGUAUCAUGUGCC